CGAUGAGACGCACAGCUGAGACCGACAGCAAACAAACAGCAGGCAGGAGCUUUGUGUCUGCUGGGAAACAUGAAAAAAGUUGUUUUUUCCCUCAUUCGUCUUUGUGUGCUCCUACUCAGUUUCUCCAUCAUUUGUCUGGGAGUCCUUUGCAUUUACACAGGUUCCUCUGCAUGCAAAUGUGGGAAUAACCCAUUGGUUGCUUACUGCCUUCUAGCUCUGGGGCUCGUGCUCCUUGUGGCUGGCAUUUUCUGGAGCACAGUCCAUGAAGCCAUGAAAUACAGGGUCCUCAGCAGCAUCUUCGUGAGGAACCCUGGCCUUGCAGAGCUCCGUGUCAGCACCAUAGACAGGCCUGAUUUCUACCCCCCAUCCUAUGAAGACAGCACUGACCCUGAGAAGCAGACCUUCCCACUACCUGUGGCCUCUGCACCCAAAGAGCAAGAAGUCAUCAACAUUCCACCGCCGCUGUACAGCGAGAGCAGCACAGAGUCUGUCAGUGAGACAAAUGAGCCAGAGCAGCCCCCACCGUAUGAACUACCUUGCCAGGCCUUGAGCCCAGCGCAGGAGCCAGAUGCCUCAAGGAGCUGCCACCCAAUGUGAUCACAGUGCUUUUCACAUGGGAAUAGUCACCUUUGCGUAACACUACCAAGGGACUUAGAAGAGAGCAAAUGAGCUGUUGGCUGUGUUCAGGAGAGCAUAGGUAGGAUGAGUCAAGAGAUACGCCCUGCUGUUACUGUGCAGCCUGCAGUGGGUAAGAGAAAACCCCUACCCCUCCCACUAGGUGUGAGCACUGCAGCUCUGACAGCCUGUCCCUUACAGUGUUGGGUGUAACUGCAAAUCCUUCUGAAAGGAAUGUAACAGUAAUCCAGACCCGAGGGAUGGAGUAUCAUCGAGACAGGCUGGGAGAACUGUGCUUAGUCAGUCUGGAGAAAAGAAGGCUGUGGGGAUGCCUUGUUAUGGCCUUUCAGUAUUUAAAGGAAGAUUAUAAACGGGGGAAAUCUUGUUUAAAACCCUGUUUUGCAAUGAUAGGACAAGGGGAAAUGCUUUUAAACUAAGGGAGGGAAGAUUUAAAUUAGAUGUCAGAGAAGUUUUUCAUUCAUAGUGAAGUGAGGUGCUGGCAGAGGCUGCCUAGAGAGUCUGUGGAUGCCCUAUGCCUGGAGGUGUUCAAGGCCAGGCUGGAUGAAGCCCUGGGCAGCCUGAGCAGCCCAUCUAGCAGCUGGCAGCCCUGCCUGUGGCAGGAGCCUUUAAACUUGAUCAGUGAAGUCUCUUACAACCCAAACCAUUCUGUGAUUUUAAGGAGUUUCAUGCUGUUACUGUUCCUCAGUGUCUGUGUCUCUUAAGGAGUUUUGGCUGAAAGUCCUCAUUUGUGGUUUUAUAACAAUAGCUGACUUGGGAAACCUACUCAUUCACCAGCUUUUGUCUGGAAUUUGUAACAUUUGUAGUAACUGAGUAUUUUUGUAGCACAUUCUGUUGAAGCUACUUGUUUUAUUUUGAAGUACUAGUACUUACUAAUUUACUACCGAAUUUGUGAAUAAAUUUUGUAUUUAAAACCAA